GAGCAGCCUGCCCCCGCUGGCGAGCCCUCGCCCGCCGGUGCGCGGGCCCCGUUCGGGGCCCUGCAGAGCGUGCUGGUGAACGUCCUGUUGACAAUCCUUGUGCUCUUCAUGGUGCUGGUAUGCACAGGCGAGCUGGCGCCCGCGGGGAACGCGAGCGCCAGCAGCGGCACCUGCGAGCAGGCCGAUGGAUGCGCGUACACCCGCUGCGAGAUGCGACGGGACCUGAGGGCCGUCGCGAGCUUCCUGCUGGGCGCGGCGCUGUGCAGCGUCAUCUCGCGCGUCAGAGGAGGGGAGUCGGAGUCGGCCGCUGGCAAGAUGAGCCUCUCCCACUGCGUGCUGUGA